AGGUCACUGGAUGCUAAUUGGCUAGGCCUGUGAUGAUUUGAGGUGACGGGAAGCAUGGCGCGCUGCGCGGCCGAGGCGGUGGGCGAUGUUGUGCUGGCCGGGGAUGUGCUCACGUUCCCGGCUGCGCACAGCGCUAAGGUGUUGUGCGGGCCUGGCCUGCGGCGGCAGGGCUCCGUGCUGGGUCUGGCUGCUUGCAAGUCGGGAAUUCUGAGACACAAGGAGCCCUCGAUGUAUUGGGUGGAUUCGCAUCAGAAGCGGUAUGUACCAACUAAAGGUGAAUAUGUAAUAGGAAUUGUGACCACAAAAUCUGGUGAUAUAUUUAAAGUUGAUGUCGGAGGAAGCGAACAAGCCUCAUUAUCUUAUUUAGCAUUUGAAGGAGCUACAAAACGAAACCGACCAAAUGUACAAGUAGGAGAUCUUAUCUUUGCGCAGUUUGUUGUGGCCAAUAAAGAUAUGGAACCGGAACUGGUUUGCAUUGAUAGCUGCGGACGAUCCAAUGGAAUGGGAGUGAUUGGUCCUGAUGGAUUAUUAUUUAAAGUCUCACUGAGCGUUGCACGCAAGCUCCUUUCUCCAAACUGUGAAGUCAUCAAGAACCUUGGAGAAUUGUACCCUUUUGAGAUAGUCAUUGGAAUGAAUGGACGAAUAUGGGUAAAAGCCAGAACACUUAAGCAUACUUUACUUGUAGCCAAUAUACUAGAAAGCUGUGAAAACAUGACCUCGGAGCAAAGAAAACAAACUUUCAAAAAAUUGUCUGAGAAUGUGCCGUAAAUCUGUCAUUUCUGAUUAAAUAAAAGCAUUUGUAUUUUG